AUGGACACGCUAAGAUUGAGUACACCUCAAAUCGACUUUGAAUAUAGUAAGUUAGACAAUAUGCACUCCUCAAUCACUUUAUACAAUGACACUCAGUAUCCCAUAGCCUAUAAACAUGCUCAUUAGUUCAAAGCUACGAAUCUCAACAUUUUCUUGGUCAAGCCACCUUUGGGAAUUGUUUCACCUAGAUAGAGUCAAUUAGUCAAUAUUAUACUUCAUAGCAAAGUCCUUGAAAAUAGCUCAAUCAAAGAGUUUAAUGAAAAAUUGUAAUUGAUUACAACCAUCAUGCCUCAAGGAAUUCAAGAUGCUGGACCCAUAUUCUUAGAUAGAACGAGAAGAUUUGAAAAACAAAGAAUUAAUAUUGCUAUUCUCACCAAGGAUAGAAAGAUAAUUGCUCAAAGUCAAGGAAAUUAAAGUCAGAUGUUCUAAUCAGUUAAUAAGUAAUUUGGAUAGGUAGAACCUACAAGAGUCAUUGCUAUUCCUACUGCUGACAAGGCCAAAAUGGAAGCCGAAUAUUUUUGCAAUAAGUUUGAAGUGCUACAACAGGAAGUCACUAAGAAGGAACAGGAAUUACAAGACGUUUAAAAGUUUAAUAGUAGUUUGAUUGAAAGAGCAAAUAUUAAACCAAAAUCUGGAAAAUUGGAUAAACUUAUUUUCCUUAUUUCCUUUACUCUGUCUUUUUUAUUAAGUUUACAUUACCAAAAUCAAAUUUUAUCAGUAAUCAAGUUAUGA